AUGGGAGGGAAAGUCGAAGGAUGGCGAGCCAUGCUUGGUUCCACGCCGGAGGCUCUUGCUCUCUUUCGUAUAUCACUUGGAUUCCUUCUGACAUGUGAGCUCGUUCUACGAUUUCAAUAUCUUCAUGUGUUCUACACUGAUGAAGGAACGAUGCCGUUGAAUCUACUGUUGCCGAGGAUCGAUGACUUGUACAAGGCUGUCUGUUUACAUUGUCACUUUGGCGACUUAUGGCAGCAGCAAGUAUUGCUUACUAUUCAAGUCUUUGUUUCCAUUCUCUUGACACUUGGGUACAAGACUAGAGUCAUGUCUGUUAUCUCAUGGUACAUGUAUACAAGUCUGAUUCUUCGAUGCACAUGGCUUUACUUUAUUCUGGAUCGCUAUUUUUAUUACCUGCUUUUCUUGUCCAUGUUUCUACCAUUGGAUGAGCGGUGGUCAAUAUCUCGCCCAUUAAAUAAAUCAGAACCCAGCCGACUGGUUCUGAAUCCUGCAACUAUUGGCCUGAAAGCUUUGAUAUUGUGGAUUUACAUAGAUGCGGGAGGUGGCAAGCUUAUGGACCCGAAUAAAGGCUGGACGUACCAUGCGGAUCCUCUUCCCGCCCUGGAUACCUACACCAGGCAUACUGUCUUUGCACGAUAUCUGUACGGAAUCCUCGGGCCCGAGGGUCUAAGGUUGAUGACUCCUACAGUUGUAUGGGUUGAACUUCUCUCUUGUCCUUUAGCACUGGUUGGAUCAUACUUGGGGAUUACCUUUCUAGUGAAACUGGCUAUCUCUCUUAUUUUGAGCUUGCACAUUGGAAUAUCCUUCAGUAUUCGGAACUCAUACCUUCUGAGUUAUGUGGCAUGUUCUGCAUGGUGCGUCUUUCUCCCCAUUGGCUGGGAAACUAUGCAGAGUAGUAAAGUUCGAAAGAGAUCAGUCUUGACAUUGCUUGGUCUGCUGGUGUCAUCAUGUAUGAUUGGAGGAAUGGCAGCGAGCAAUGUGUGGUUUGAGACCAUCGGAAAAGAUUGUUCCACAAGCAGCCUUCGUCAGAUCUGGAGUACAUUGUUACAAAAUCGUUGGAAUGUCUUCAUUGGAGCCGAAGAAUAUGUAACCUGGGAAAUUGCUCCUGGUUUGCUUGCGGACGGAUCAGUUGUUGAUGUGUGGGGGAGAAAAGAUCAUGUCGAUUGGACCAUGCCAGGUUCCGGGGCUCCCUGUACUUCGACAUCGCGGCCUGGCAGAUGGCGCUCCUUCCCCUACAUCGCAGACUUACAAGGAGAAGAUGCUGAGGCCCUUUGGGGCUAUCUCUGUAAGCAAUGGGAUUGGGAGAACAACGCAGAGGAGAAACCAGGUCGUAAACUGGUAAAGUUUAACUUCUUCAUGUUGCAAGCAGACGUGCUUCCGAACAUGGGCUUCUCUGCCACCAGAAAACGGCUUGUGUAUACGCAUGAAUGUGCCAAUUCAAACCAAACAAACGGCAAUGGAGAUGAAAUCGUCGAUGAUGUUACAGAAAAUGCCAGUAGUACUUCCGAUGAACUCUAA